AUGGACGAGACGCAGCUAAAGACUUUUAUUGCUGCAAUGCAAAAAUCGCAUCAAGAAUCAACGCAAAAGCUUAUCAAUGAAAUGAAAACGCAAUUUCAAGCUCAGCCGCAGCCAUCUGUCUCCGGUACCAGUGAUCAAAUUACCAGAUUCGAAAAGUUUAACAGUAAGGUAGAAGUAUUUACCUCGUAUAUAGAACGGUUCAAGAAUCAUCUCAAGUUAAUCAAUCUAACAGAUACUGUUAAACAAGCGAGUUUAUUAUGUGAAUCAAUCGGAGCUGAGCAUUACAAUCAGCUAGCGGCGUUUCUCGGUCCUGAAAAGCGAAUCGAUACACUUCCAUUCGAAGAUCUUAUCAGUAAAUUUACCAGCCUCCUUCAAUCCAAGAAAAGUCCAGUAUUGGCUCAACAUCAAUUCUUUCAAUGUUACCAGUCUGAGAAUCAAUCAAUCGCCGAAUAUGUGGCCCAGCUUCAAAAGGCACUAAUCGAAUGUGACUUUCAUGUUAUGUGCAAAUGUACAACGCCAAAGAAGCUGUCGAUCUCAGAUUCGUUUUUGAGACCACAAUUUAUUCGAGGAAUUCGUGAUAACGCGAUAAGAGCCGAACUACUCAAGCUGAAUAAGACUGAAUUCAACGACUACGUUACCGAAGCUAUGACAUUAGAAUCUUCGAAAAUCGAAUCGAAAACGCUUGCAGAGAAUCAGUCAAAUUCAACUCCAAGUACCAGUACUCAAUCGAAUACCAGUGAAUCUGUAAAUAAACUCAAUCAACACCAGUCCAGACAACGCAGCAACGAUCGCAAUUCUAAACGUUCGACUUAUCGUAGUAAUUCGCGUCCUUCAAAUUACCAUCAAACCCGUUCGAAAUCUAACUCGGAUCAUCGAAGAAAGAAAGUCAAUUUCCGAGAAUUGGGUAUCAACCAGUGCUGUCUCCGAUGCGGUUAUGAUAACCACCUCGUAAGAGAUUGCAGACAUCCGCCAGAAAAGUUCAAAUGCGAUCUAUGUUCGAAAACCGGACACGUAAAGAAGGUUUGCAUUAGUUCGUUGAUAAGAGAACAUCAUAAAAAGAAAUCUGAAUCAAGUGUCUCGUACGUCGCAUCCGAUGAUGAUACUAUCUAUUCUAUCUACUCAAUCCACGAUGGUGAAAAUCGAAUAAUGAUACCUGUGCAAAUCAAUGGUAAAAAGUGCACUCUCGAAUGCGAUACAGGCAGUAAAAAAACGCUUGUUUCGGUUCAACAUUUCAAAAAGCUCAAGUUUAAGGAAAAACUCCAGCAAGAUAAUACUGUAUUUCGUGAUUUUACUCAGAAUAUUUUCAGACCCUUGGGGUACUGCAACGUUAAAGUAAAAUACAAAGAUCGAGAGAUAAAUGAAAAGAUGUACGUUACUGACAAAUCAACAUCGUCUGUAAUUGGCCUUAAUUGGUUACUACCUCUCAAGAUUGUUCAGAUCGAUGAUAUUCAACUCCUACCUGAUGAAACCGUAGAUAAACCAGAAACUCAACAAAUCAUCAACGAAUUAAAAGCACAAUUUCCUGAAGUAUUUGAGCCAUCAAUUGGAAAAGUAGCCAACUUCACAGCACGGUAUGAAUUGAAAGAAGGUACUAUUCCAAUCUAUCGACCAGCUAAAAAAGUACCUUACGCUUUAUUACCUAAAAUUGAUAAAGCUAUCGAUAAUUACGUUCGUCAAGGUAUCUUUACGCAAGUAGAAACAUCCGAAUGGGGUACACCAGCUGUAUACACAGAGAAACGCGAUGGUUCGAUUCGCAUUUGCGGUAACUACAAAAUUACUAUCAAUGAUCGAGUUCAAGACGUACGUUAUACUAUUCCGCCUGUUCAAGAUGUUUUCAUGAAACUUAAAAAUGGCAAAUAUUACUGUAAAGUUGAUAUUCGUGAUGCGUACCUGCACUUAUUAGUAGACGACCUGACUGCCAAAAUUCAAGCUUUAACGACACAUCGAGGUGUUUUUAUUGUUCAUCGACUGUUUUUUGGUGGAAAACCAGCACCUUCAAUUUUCCACGAAUUCAUCAAACAAAUAGUACAAGAUCUAGAAGGCACAGAAGCAUACUUUGAUGAUAUAAUUGUCGAAGGUGAAACUAUCGAAGAGUGCCAGGAACGAUUAUUCAAAUUAUUUCGAAGACUUCAAGAAAAGAAUCUACACGUUAAUGAAAAGAAAUGUGUAUUUUUUAGUACUCGCAUCGAAUACCUGGGUCACGUUAUCACAUCCGAAGGUAUCGCUAAAUCACCUGAAAAAGUCAAAGCUAUCAAGCAGGCACCCAGACCAAAAACCAUUCGAGAACUUCGUAGCUUUCUUGGAAUGGUAAAUCAUUAUCAUAAAUUUAUCGACGAUGCUGCAACGUUAUUGAAACCUCUGAACGAAUUACAAGAAAAAGAACGUGAUUACAAGUGGACCAACGACUGUGAAAAUUCGUUCAACGCAGCUAAAGAAAUUCUUGCCAGUGAUCAAGUACUAGUUCCAUAUAAUAUCAAUCUACCAGUCAUACUUGAAACUGACGCAAGUCCUGUGGGAAUUUCUGCGAUCCUAUCUCACAGCUAUCCAGAUGGAACAACUCGACCUAUCGAAUACGCAUCCAGAACACUAUCGAAAACUGAAUCGAGAUACUCCCAAAUAGAUCGUGAAGCCCUUGGUGUUUUCUGGGGUGCUAAAAAGUUUUAUCAAUAUUUAUAUGGUCGGAAAUUUACGUUUAUUGUUGAUAAUAAACCUCUACAACAGAUACUAAAUCCAGCCAAAGAAUUACCUGCGUUUACCAGAUCAAGAAUGUUACGUUAUGCUAUAUAUUUAUCUCAAUUCGAAUAUGAGAUAGUACACCGAUCUGCUAAACUUCACGAGCAUGUCGAUUAUUUGUCCAGAGCACCUGUCGAAUGUUACCCUGUCAACGUUAUUGACGAGUGUACGUUUUUUCAAGAUCAGCUCAUCGAUAAUAUCAGCUUAAUAUCAACUGUCGAAAAUGCCAUAUCCAGAGAUCAACUUCGAAAUGAAACCAGAAACGAUCCAGAAUUAUCCAAAUUGAUACAAGAAUUGCAAAGUGGUUCAAACAAGGACAGUGAAUAUUCGUUGAACGAUGGUAUAAUUUUCUACAAGAAUCGUAUCAUGAUACCAAAAUCGCUUCAAUCAAAAAUUUUAUCAGAAUUACAUGGUGUUCAUUCUGGAAUCGUCAAAAUGAAGCAAGUGGCUCGAAAUUACGUUUUUUGGCGUAAUAUCAAUAACGACAUCGAACAAAUCGUUAAAAGCUGUAAAGAUUGCGCGGACAUCGCUAAAAAUCCGCCUAAAGCGCCUAUCCACCAGUGGGAAAAUGCUACCAGACCAUUUCAACGUAUACAUAUCGACUAUGCCGAAUAUAAAAACCAGCAUAUUUUCGUAAUUUUCGAUGCCAAAACCAAGUGGAUAGAAGCCUAUCAUUCGAAAACGUAUCCUGAUAGCAAGAAGACAAUCGAUUUUUUGCGCGAAUUCUUCAGCAGAUUUGGCCUUUGUGAAAAUCUGGUGAGCGAUAACGCUGCUAUUUUCAAAUCAUCCGAGUUUACUUCGUUUACAAAAGCCAACGGCAUUCGUCAAAUAUUCAGCGCUCCUAAUCAUCCUGCCACAAACGGAUUGGCAGAGCGGGGUGUCCAGAUCAUAAAGCACAAGCUCAAGAAAAUGUCCAAUAUCGAUGUACCUGUCAAGGAGAAAUUAGUCUCUAUCCUAUCUAACUAUCGAAAUACUCCGAUCAAUGGUCAAGAAUCGCCUGCCGAAAUGGUUCUUGGAUACAAACCAAUCACCUGGUUUAAAACCUUGAAGCCCAGAGCUGCGACAAAGCUAUCUACCAAGCCGAUUUUAAAAAUUCGAGAAUUUAACGUGGGUGAAAGAGUACAGAGUCGAAAUUAUUACGGUUCUGCUCAAUGGCAAUAUGGUACGAUCAUCCAGCGGCUAGGAAAAUUACACUAUAUUGUUAAAUUAGACAAUAAUCGAGAAAUCAAAAGGCAUAUCGAUCAGCUACGAAAAACAAACGUAAAGAAAGUUGUGUUUGAAGAUACGAUUCCUAUUGUAGGUAGAGCUACUCAUCGACAGCCAGAACAAACAUCCGAUACUGCUGCAGAGAAUCCGGCUACUACCCAGAUACAACCUGAAUCAGCCACUCCUGUGGUUGUACCUCGACAAUCAACUAGGCAACGUAGGCCUAACGUGCAUAGUGAUUACGUAUAUUACUAA